AGUAAAAAAGAAUGUAAUUGAAGUUUGAAAAUGGGGCACCGACUAGAAACUAGACGUCAUCAUGAAACCUCCAGUGCUGCAAAAGAGAUUAAAUCAUCCCUAGCAAAUCAAAGUUCAAAGCUCAAAGAUAAGUAUAAAGUUGAAAGCACAGAAGAUAAACCAUACAUUAGCAGGCAUCAUGGCUUAAGCAAGACGGUCAAUCAGAAUGUUUCACAAUUGACCUCCUCUGGAGAUCACCAAAACCACUGGUUAGGGAGUAAGGAAAAUAAAGAUGACGAGCUUGUCAAGUACAUGUCCAAUUUGCCAGGUUAUCUGCAGCACGCGGAAAAGGGAAAAAAUAUUCAAGGAAAGGCUUUGAAUUUCGGAGUCCUUGAUUGGGAGCGUCUGGAGAAAUGGAAGUAUAAUGAACGUAUUCCUGCAAGCUGUCAUCGUAAAACGUUAUCAGGUAGUUCUUCAUUUGUUGCUGUUAAGCCUCCCAAAGCUUAUGGCAUCUCUUCUCAGAGAAAGCAAAUGCCAUUACCGAGCGUUCCAUCUUGUGAACUAAAGCCUGCAGAAUCCGUGCGGCAAUCCCAAUCAGAGUUUAUUCAGAUCCAGGAUAUGCAAAUUACACGGUGCCCCACAAAGCAUGGUAAGCAGAAACAACGUCUUAGGAAGGAGGUACCACCGCCCAGGCGCAAUUCUGAACUAAAUAUUGGCAAAUACAUGGACCGUGAUUCUGUUCAAAAUCUGAAACCAGAUGAAGAAGAUUUGUUCUGGGUACCGAUUAAGAAUGUCAGUGUUCCUUGUAGUCAUACAAAUAGUCUUCAAGAUUGUAAAAGCGAGAUCAAAUUUGACAAUGAAGACAACCUUAGUUCCCAAAAUUAUGCUGCUGAACCUAAGAAUAUUGUUCUCUUGGUUCCAAAACAUCGUUCAAAAACAAGUACGGAGGCCUCUCAAUUCUCAGAAUCGAGAACAUCUUUUGAUGAACAACCAGCUGAUGCGAUGAGGACAGGAUUUUCUGAUUGUUCUUCUCUGGAUUCCUUCUCUAGUGAACUGCUUGCUGUUCCACAUUCAUGUCCUCUGCCUGCAAGCUCUGCAACAAAUACAGAGUCUCAUGUGAAGCAACGCCAGUUGUCCAUUUCUCGGGACAUAACAGAUUUAUGCUCAUCUCCAUGUCAAAAUGAGAGGAUAACUAGUCGCUCUUCAUUUGAUGCCAAAUGUCUGAAACACAAUAAAUCUGAUGUAGAAUUGAGAGUUCCAGCUGAGACUUUGCAGAGAGCAGAUUUGGACACUGCAGAGCAGGCAGUGGUGAAGGGAAGACAUCCAUCCCCUAAUAAGAGGUUUAGCUUUAGUCUUAGUCGAAUGAGCAGAAGUUUCAGUUUUAAGGAGUCCUCGGCUGCUCCACCAUUGAAUAGUACAAAUAACAUCCCCAAGUCUGGCCCAGCAGGAGCUUCUUCCAGUGCGGAUCUCAGUAAUCGGGAGAAGCCAAAUGCUAAUAUCAGAGGAAGAUCUAGUCCUUUGAGAAGACUCCUAGAUCCAUUGCUGAAGCCUAAGGGCGUUCAUUCAGCUGAGACAUUUCCACUUUCUAAUGGAAACACAAAUGGCAAUACUUUGCCCACUAAAAACCAUAGCAAACAUGUUCAUGUGAAAAAGCAUCUCCCCUCAACUUUUCAGGCUCUUCUACAGCUUUCACUUAAGGAUGGAGUUCCAUUUUUUAAACUUGUGGUUGAUGAUGAUGGUGGCAUUCUUGUUGCAGCUGGCAAGAAGUUACCAACGUCCGGGAAGGGUGGAAGUAGCUUGGUUUAUGCUUUCUAUGCAGUCCAUGAAAUUAAAAGGAGGAGUGGGGGUUGGAUGAGCCAUGGACCAAAAGAGAAAAGUGCUGGCUUUGGUUAUAAAGUUAUUGGCCAGAUGGAGAUUUCUUGUUCUGAAGUUCAAAACUCAAGUGUACAUGAGCAGAAAAGUAUAUCUGUGCAAAGGGAAUCUAUCUUGUAUAGCAUUGAUUGUGGACAGGUGGAAAAGCAAGUCCCUGAUUCUUGUCAAAAGAGAGAGCUUGCUGCCAUUGUCGUUAUGAACUCAAGUCAAUAUAAACAAGAAGGUAUGCAGCAAUUACCCGGAGAGACCUGUGAAACAUACAGUGACGUUGUAGUCAUUCUUCCUGGUGGUACACAUAACCUGCCAAAUGAUGGAACUCCUUCCUCAUUACUCGAACGAUGGAGAUCUGGUGGAUUAUGUGAUUGUGGAGGGUGGGAUGUUGGUUGCAAGCUAAAGAUACUUGAACAGGAUAAGAAUUGCAGGAGCCAAGAUUUUCUAAACCUUUUGAUUCAGGGAGGAGAUCGGAGGAGCAAGCCUAUCUUCAGUAUGGCACCACUCAAGAAUGGACUUUACUCAGUCGAAUUUGAUUCAUCAGUUCCUUUGUUAGAAGCAUUCUCCAUAUGUGUCUCUGCCCUGACUAGUCAGAAACUAGCUGACAUCUUUGAUAUUGGAUCGCUAGGACAGAAGAAAGCUUCUUCAGAUGCCACGAGGGGGACAAAGGCUUCAACCGCAGUCCAAGGACAAGUCCCUCAAAGAUAUGUGUCAUCUCCACCCCCCUCCCCUGUUGGAAGGAUCUAGGGAACUGCUGAUGAAGCAAGAAUUCUGAGAGACUGUUUUAGCAUCACAUGUUCCUAAUUGCAUCUUGCAAACUGAAAAUCUGUGGUUCAAAUAAGUCUAAUCUUCGACCUCUCAUUUUGUACGUCUUUGAUCAGCUGUAAAUUCUCUUAUAGUAAGGAAAUACUGUCAUGCCGCAAGGUAUAGAAAUGAACUCAGUAGAAAAGGUUUUAGAGAAAGUAGUACUCUUGAAUAUACAGUGGCUGGAUUUCGUUUCCUUUAUUUUUAUCUAAGGUAAUGUUGAUGGUUCUACUGUUAUUCAGGUUUCCAUAAUCUUGAUGUUGUGGGUCAAUCCAAUACAUAUUUGACACUCCAA